GCGCUGCGCCUUGGGGGUGGGCCAGGGGUCAGGACGGCCGGGUCCUUGGGGGAGGACAGCACAUGGCAGCGCUACGCCUGUUGUACCGGGCCGCCCGGGCAGGUCCGCCAGUUCCCCCCGUGUGCUACCUGCGGGCACUCAGCACCACCACCCCCCGAGAGUGCUACAAGUAUGUCAACAUCCAGGAGCCAGCUAUGGACAUGAAGUCCAUCACCGACCGAGCUGCACAGACCCUGCUGUGGACAGAGCUCUUCCGAGGGCUGGCCAUGACACUCAGCUACCUGUUCCGGGAGCCGGCCACCAUCAAUUAUCCCUUUGAGAAGGGACCGCUGAGCCCACGCUUCCGUGGGGAGCACGCACUGCGCCGCUACCCGUCGGGCGAGGAACGCUGCAUUGCCUGCAAGCUCUGUGAGGCCAUCUGCCCCGCACAGGCCAUCACCAUCGAGGCCGAGCCCAGGGCGGACGGCAGCCGCCGCACCACGCGCUACGACAUCGACAUGACCAAGUGCAUCUACUGUGGCUUCUGCCAGGAGGCCUGCCCUGUGGAUGCCAUCGUGGAGGGUCCCAACUUUGAGUUCUCGACGGAGACGCACGAGGAGUUGCUGUACAACAAGGAGAAGCUGCUCAACAACGGCGACAAGUGGGAGGCUGAGAUUGCAGCCAACAUCCAGGCUGAUUACCUGUACCGGUGAUGGUGGGGAGGCCACGCCAUGUGCCCCCCCAAAUCCCAUUAAUAAAGCGGGGGUACGCCAACCCCUUCCUAAGCCCAA